GAAGAGGCGUGACCUAGCCUCGACUAGCUAUGUCCACGAACAAUAUGUCGGACCCACGGAGGCCGAACAAAGUGUUGAGGUACAAACCCCCACCGAGCGAGUGUAACCCGGCCUUGGACGACCCGACGCCGGACUACAUGAACCUGCUGGGCAUGAUCUUCAGCAUGUGCGGCCUCAUGCUUAAGCUGAAGUGGUGCGCUUGGGUGGCUGUCUACUGCUCCUUCAUCAGUUUUGCCAACUCCCGGAGCUCAGAGGACACUAAACAGAUGAUGAGUAGCUUCAUGCUGUCCAUCUCUGCCGUGGUGAUGUCCUAUCUGCAGAAUCCUCAGCCCAUGACACCCCCUUGGUGAUGUCAGCCUAUCCAGGUCACAUCCUGGAACCCUUCUAUCCACCUUCCCCCAGACUUUGGCCGCUCAGUCUCCUGCCCUCAGCUGCUGUUCUGGACUUCCCUGAGUGAGGGAGUCUCAAGGGCCCAGCUGGAUGGAGAGAAACUGGCCCCUGCCCUGGGGUCCCACUUCUGCUGGGUCAUAGAGGGAAAUACCUGAGGCCUACCCUUCCUGCCUCCUCUACCCUGCCUGCUGCUAGGGGAGAUGCUGUCCAUGUUUCUAGGUAAACUCACUCGUUUUCUUGUUGCAACCAGUCAAUAAAGUUUUUCACUGUGGCUGC